AUGGCGGAAAAUUUGAUUGUUUUCAAAAGACAACAAGAAAGUGGAAAAGCACUUUUCGAAGCCUUAAAUGGCGACAAUACAGAACUUGCAGAUAUACUGUUGAGGAGGGGUGCAGACCCUAAUGAAGUUCUAGCAGUAGAGGGGGUGGCUCCCAUGCAUAUAGGAGCAGGACUGGGAGAGGAAGCAGUCAAGCUGUUGUUGGCUUAUGGUGGGGAUCCAAAUUUAAGAUCUGCAGAUGGAACAACACCCCUGCAUGUAGCAGCUAGCUGGGGAGAUCGUGAUGUUCUACGUCUGCUACUUCAAAAUGGUGGAAAUCCAUACAUAAGAGAUAGGGAAGGGAUCAGUGUUUUUGAGACUGCACACAAGUAUAAACAUGAUGACUGUGUAAAACUCCUUGAAGUUUAUUGUUUAUUACUGAAUCCAGAUGAAGACACACUGUCAAACAUGCCAAAAUAUACUUAUGAAUUCAAAGGUAACAUCAAUAACAAUAGAAAACAGCUAUAUGACUUAGAUCAAACGGACUUGUUUCUGCAGGAUUUUAACAAAUCUACUUUAAAGGAGAACUUCUUCCAGCAUGAAUUUCAAAAGCAUUUAGACAAAGUGAAACAUCAGGAUAGUGUUGGGAGUAAUGUUUGUUUAAAUGUCACAUCUCCAGAUGCCAGUUUUAUAGAGAGACACAAAUGUACUAACACGAAAGAAGAUAAUAAUAACAGCGAUGUGUUUGUAAAUUAUGACUUUGCCGAAUUUGACUCAAUACUUACAGAAAAUAGCGUGGGUAAAAAGAAACGGGUCAGUUUUGCAGAGAAAAUAGCCACACCAUGUCAAAAUGAUAAAACUUUUGUUGUCAACCAAGAAGUUGAUAAAGCUUUUUUAAUGUGUAGGCUGAAAGAGUCAUUAUCCUCAAUAAGCUCUAAGAUGUCAUCAGUAUCAACGGGGGAUAAUGAUGUACUCAAUAAUAGCUUUUGUAUGCAGCGAAAUUCUUUAGAUAGUACAUCAAGUAUGAUAAGUGAUGCUUCUACAAUUGAUUAUAUUUAUACCGACAAAGAGAAGGGUAUACAAUUUAUUGAACGCCACCUACCAAGUCUACAGGGAAGUAGUGGUAGACAGUCCUUGGACAGUGUGUGUAGUUUUGGUAGUUUGAACACCGUAGAUUCACAACAGACAAUUUUAUAUGAUUGGAAAGCCUUUUCUGAUACAUCUACAUGUUCUGAGGAUCCUAAAUCAUCACAAGUGCCUAUGCUGGUUACGAAAUUAAGUAACCAACAAAUAAGAGAACAGCUUAUCGAAAAAGGAGAUAAACCAGGACCAAUUACAGACAACACACGACAACUUUAUCUUGUUAGAUUAAGCAAAAUGAAUGAAGACCCCGGAUAUUUGAAGCUGUGUGCAAAACAGCCAGGUUAUUCACCAGAAUUAUGCCAAGCUUUCAUUGAUUGGGAUCCAACAGGACUGAAUGCAUUAGAAGAAAAACUGAUUUCUUCUUUUUGCAAUACGGACCGCUGUUGGCGAGAAGGAACUUUAAAGUCCUCUUUCAAUUAUUUACUUCUUGACCCAAGAGUAACCAAGAAUUUACCCAACAGGAUGCAUGCAUUAGGUGAAAAAGAGUCAUUCAAGAUUUUUGCUGCCUCUAUUUUUUAUAUUGGAAAGGGUAAAAGAUCCAGACCUUAUUGUCAUCUAUAUGAGGCCAUUAGACACAUGGAGAAACCAAAGCCACAGGUGUGUGAUAAAGUGAAGCAUAUCCUUGAAAUAUGGAAUGAUAACUUAGGUGUUGUUUCAUUGCAUUGCUUUCAAAAUGUGAUACCUGUAGAGGCCUAUACCAGAGAGGCAUGCAUGGUGGAUUCUGUUUCAUUGUCCAGGUUAACUAAUAAAAAAAGGGGAGACUACUAUGGAAUUAGCAGUACAUGGUCUAUGAAAGAGAAAAGAAGAAUGGGUGUGUUCUUCCUAAAGAAAGCUUUACAGAUAUUUCAAGGGGAAGGAGAGAGACAAAUCCUCCCUAUGGACAUAAAAGUUGGCCAGUAGAAUUAUUUGUAACUAAGUGUUAUUUAUCAGACAUGAAUCCGUUUACAUAGAACAAAACUACACUCAGUUAAUCAUGCAGCUUUGA